AUGAAUAUUGCAGCCCAAAGGUUUAUAUUGUACGACAAUUUUUUUUUUUGUUCAUUUAAGCAACGUUGUCCAAAUGGAAAAAUGAGCAAAAAAGAUAUGAUUCGAUGUUAUAAAGAAUUGUCAACGUGUGAUGUUGAUAAAAUAGAACAUGUUGUUAAUGCUAUUCACAAAUGUUUUGAUACGGAUAACGACGGAAAAGUUGAUUUUAAAGAAUUCGUCAUUGGCUUUUUGUUAACAACCAAAGGGACGAUAGAAGAGAAGCUCGAUUAUACAUUUCAAUUAUACGAUCUUGACAAAGAUGGAUACAUCGAUCAAGAAGAAAUCGAUACUAUGGCAAAAUAUGUCUUACGAAUGCUAGGCGGUGAUGGUAAUGAGCAUGAAUCAAUUGAACUUUUAAAACACUUUAUAAGUUCUUGUCAUUGUAACGAUCGCGGUUUAAUAACAAAGGACAAUUUUAUUCGUGCAUUAUCAACGAAUGUACUAUUAUCACAAUUAUUAUCACCUUUUACAUAG